GCCUGUGCUGAAUUCCAGCUGGGACUGCGAGGAGAGAAAAUGAUGCCCAGGAUGGGCUCUGCCGCCCGCCGGCUGCGGAGAGGCCCACACUGCACACGCGCAGACCCAGCGUCCGCGUCAAAACACCGGCAGACAGCGUGCUCCCCAUGUCCUGAGCUCCCCCGGCUGCUAGGCGUUCCUCCCAGCCGGGACUCCCCCCAGGGGGGCGGACGAGCUCACGUCUGACCGCGAUGCCCCGGGAGAUCAUCACCCUGCAGCUGGGCCAGUGCGGCAACCAGAUUGGGUUCGAGUUCUGGAAACAGCUGUGUGCUGAGCAUGGCAUCAGUCCCGAGGGCAUCGUAGAGGAGUUCGCCACUGAAGGCACUGACCGCAAGGACGUCUUUUUCUACCAGGCAGAUGAUGAGCAUUACAUCCCCCGGGCUGUGCUGCUGGACCUGGAGCCCCGGGUGAUCCAUUCCAUCCUCAACUCCUCCUAUGCCAAGCUCUACAACCCAGAGAACAUCUACCUGUCUGAGCAUGGAGGAGGAGCAGGCAACAACUGGGGCAGAGGAUUCUCUCAGGGUGAGAAAAUUCACGAGGACAUCUUUGACAUCAUAGACCGAGAGGCGGAUGGAAGUGACAGUCUGGAGGGCUUUGUGCUGUGCCAUUCCAUUGCUGGAGGGACAGGUUCUGGUCUGGGCUCCUACCUCUUAGAAAGACUGAAUGACAGGUACCCCAAGAAACUAGUGCAGACAUACUCCGUGUUUCCCAACCAGGAUGAGAUGAGCGACGUGGUGGUCCAGCCCUACAACUCCCUCCUCACGCUAAAGAGGCUGACCCAGAAUGCAGACUGUGUGGUGGUGCUGGACAACACAGCCUUGAACCGGAUCGCCACAGACCGCCUGCACAUCCAGAACCCAUCCUUCUCCCAGAUCAACCAGCUGGUGUCCACCAUCAUGUCGGCCAGCACCACCACCCUGCGCUACCCUGGCUACAUGAACAAUGACCUCAUCGGCCUCAUCGCCUCCCUCAUUCCCACCCCCAGGCUCCACUUCCUCAUGACUGGCUAUACACCUCUCACCACGGACCAGUCAGUGGCCAGUGUGAGGAAGACAACGGUCCUGGAUGUCAUGAGGCGACUGCUACAGCCUAAGAAUGUGAUGGUGUCCACAGGCCGGGAUCGUCAGACCAACCACUGCUACAUAGCCAUCCUCAACAUCAUCCAGGGAGAGGUGGACCCCACCCAGGUCCACAAGAGCCUGCAGAGGAUCCGGGAAAGGAAGUUGGCCAACUUCAUCCCCUGGGGUCCAGCCAGCAUCCAGGUGGCCCUGUCGAGGAAGUCUCCCUACCUUCCCUCAGCCCACCGGGUCAGCGGGCUCAUGAUGGCCAACCACACCAGUAUCUCCUCGCUUUUCGAAAGUUCCUGCCAGCAGUAUGACAAACUAUGGAAGCGGGGAGCCUUCCUUGAGCAGUUCCGCAAGGAGGACAUCUUCAAGGACAACUUUGAGGAGAUGGACAGGUCCAGGGAGGUGGUGCAGGAGCUCAUUGAUGAGUACCAUGCUGCUACACGGCCAGAUUAUAUCUCCUGGGGCACCCAAGAGCAGUGAUUACAUUCUCUGCUGGUCCUGGACAUGGACAAGUGCAGCCCUUAACCAUGGCUGGACCCUGUGACCCUACUUCAUCUCUCAUUUCUAGGUUCAUGUCCAGCCAAGGAGCUGCUCCUAUCUCUUUCAUGCCUGGCUCUUGGUAUGCUUGUUUAUUUCUGGCAAAAUAAUAAAUGAUGAUGAAUAUA